CCGCCCCAGCCCCCCCUUCCUCUUCCUGCCUCCCUCCCCCACAUUUGGUCCGAGAUUUUGUAUAAAAUCCGAGGGUCCAUAAGGCGUUCAGGACUUCAGCACCAUGGAGAGCUCCCGCCUGCGGCAGCUACCCCUGCUGGGCGCAACCUUGCUGCUGCUGCUGCUUGGGGCCAGUUGUCAGGAAGAUUCCGGGCUGCAGCCAAGAGCCUUGGAUAUCUACUCCACCGUGGAGGAUACUUCCCAUGAGAAGGAACUGAUAGGAGCACUGCAGGAAGUGUUGAAGAAGCUGAAAAGUAAACGCAUCCGGAUCUACGAGAAAAAGUAUGGCCAGGUCCCUAAGUGUGAUGCUGGGGAGCAAUGUGCAAUAAGGAAAGGAGCCAGAAUUGGGAAACUCUGUGACUGUCCUCGAGGAACUUCAUGCAAUUCCUUUCUCCUGAAGUGCUUAUAAAGAAGCUUCCCAGGCACUCAUUUCCCCCACUUUUCCACAAAAGGACCACACACCCAUCUCUUAGUUUUGACUGCAGUUUCACCUGAGGAUGGAGAAACAUUUUCCUUGCAGUUUACAGUUAUGAGAAUAUAGUAAGAGUUAUUGUAUUGAAAGAUAAACCAUGUGUGGUGUUGUUGAAACAUCUGUAUUCUCUCUCCACUUCAUUUUAUUUAUGUAUCCAACUCUUGUGUACCUGGGCAUAAAAAAGCUCAACUUAUCUUUGCAAAUUGUAUUUUUGUAUGUGGAGUGUCCUAAGGAAAAUUAGAUCUAGACAACUUCGGUAGAUAAUAUCACAAUCCAGAAAAAUCACCCCACAAAAACCUAAUUCAGCAUGUACAAAUUAUACAUAAUAAAGUGUUUUUAAUAAUUG